AACCUCAAAAUACUGGGUCCAACGGACCCAGAACCGUGACACUAUCUUUGUCAGUAAAAUGUACACAGCCUAGAUAUACCUUUGCUAGUUCUGGGUUGAACCCCCUUUUUGCCUUCAGAACCACCUCAGUUCUUUAUGCCAUGGAUCCAAAGGCAUGCUGAAAACCUUUCUCAGUGAUUGUGGUCCAAAUUGAGGCAACCACAUCACACAGUUGUUGCAGAUUUGUUGGCUGCUCAUGCAUGAAUGAAUCUCCUGUUUCACCAUAUCCCAAAGGUGCUCUGUUGGAUUGAGAUCUAGAGACUGAGGACGCUUUUUAGAACUCAUUGUCAUGUUCAAGAAACUAGUUUGAAAUGAUUUGAGCUCUGUGACAUGGCACACUCUCCUGCUGUAAGUAGGCAUCAGAGGGUGGGCAAACAGCUGGGGCAACUGUGGCUAGGGCUCAGGUGGAAGAGUGGUUUAUCUACCAAUUAGAAGGUUGGUGGAUUGAUCCCCUCUGAUCCCUGAGUUGCAUCCAUUGGCUUGUGAGUGAGUGAAUGUUAGGUAAAAGUGCUUAGGUGUAGAUAAAAGCACUGUGUACUAAUGGGUGAAUGAGGCACGUAAUACAAAACUCCUUGAGGUCUUAUUCUGAGAAGAAAGCUGCUAUAUAAGUACCAGUCCAUCCAUUUACUGUUGCUGUAAAAGAUUGGACUUAGACGGCAACAAUACUUUAAACAAUGCUUUCCUGCCAUUGAAGGGCCCAAAGUGGACCAAGAAAAUAUCCCCCAUACUAUUACACCACCACCACCACCAGCCUGAGUCAUUGAUACAAGCCAGGAUGGAUCCAUGCUUUCAUGUCCAUUGCAGCACAAAUCAAGAAUGCUUAGACCAGGCAGCAUAUUUCCAGUCUUUUAUUAUGCAGUUUUUUUUGUGUGAAUUAUAGCCUUAAGUUUUCUGUUCUUAGCUGACAGGAGUGCCACCACUGUAGCCCAUCUGCUUGAAGGUUUGAUAUGCUAUGUGUUUGGAGGUGGUGUUCUGCAUACCUUGGUUAUAAUGAGUUAUUUGAGUUACAUUUGGCACUGAGUCUAUCAGCAAAUGUACAACAACUCCUAAUGUUUACUGGUGUAUUUGGUCCAUAAUUGGUUUGUAAACCAUCAUUUUGAAGGUUAUCGUAAAGUUGCAACAAGUGUUCAUAAAUCUUUUUUUUUAAGGUUAUUACAUUUAUAACAUGUAUGACAUGUUUGUAAAGUAGCAGGCAGAGAAGCAGUUUUAUAAAUCACAAGACUGUUAAACUACACACUGAGGUUUCAGUCAACCUUUAACCUUUAGUUAUUGUUUACAUCUGCAUCACAUUGUGGAUCUGAUGAGGCUGCUUGAGCUGAUUGCAACCAUUCAAAACUGCUUUUUAAGUUCCACCUGAAUGAGUUUUAGAAGCAUCCUUAAAGUGGCUCUCUGCUCAGUGACACUUAAAAUAGCACUGCACAAGCUGCACAGAGCAGCCGAGGAGGACAAGAAGUCAGACCCAAGAACCCAAGAUGCACAACAGUCAAGACAAACAAGAGUUCACCUGGGCAUCUGAUGCAUAUUGUUAGUUAGAAAAGGCAAUGUUAUACGGGUUAUGUAAAUUUGUAAAGCUCAUGUUUUGAUUUGCUUUGUCUUGAAGGUUUUUGUAUGUCCUAUCUGCAUGUGACACCUGGACCUAUUUAAAAAAACUAUGGUUGUUUUAUAUUCUCUCUGUUCAUUCACUGUCCUCCCACCAGCUCCUUCUAGGGAAACCCCGGCAAGGCGGUAUCCCUUCGCAAUGCAAAGAUGGUGCUGCUGCUUCCUCCCCCAGGCACCGAUGCGUUUCGCCCCUUUACUCGGGAAUCACUGGCGAAGAUCAAGAGGCUCGAGGAGGAAAGGAAAAAGGCAGCAGAAGUAAAGGCUGAUGACGAGGAAGAACCAGCAACCCCGAAUGCUGAUCUGGAGGCAGGCAAGGGUCUGCCCAUGAUCUUUGGGGACCCUCCACCAGAGCUGCUCAACACACCCCUGGAGGACAUAGACCCCUUCUAUGAAACACAGAAAACAUUCAUUGUGAUCACCAAAGGAAACACGAUCUUCAGGUUCAACGCAGAACCGGCGUGCUACAUUCUGAGCCCCUUUAGUUUGGUUAGGAGAGGAGCCAUCAAAAUUCUCAUACAUUCAUUAUUUAGCAUGUUCAUCAUGAUUACAAUUCUAUCGAAUUGUGUGUUCAUGACAAUGAGCAACCCACCAGCAUGGAGUAAAACUGUUGAGUAUGUCUUUACUGGUAUUUAUACCUUUGAGGCAACAGUUAAAGUGUUGUCUCGAGGUUUCUGUGUUGGAUCUUUUACAUUCCUUCGAGAUCCAUGGAAUUGGCUGGAUUUCAUGGUGAUCAGCAUGGCUUACGUCACUGAAUUCGUUGACCUCGGCAAUGUGUCUGCUCUGAGGACAUUUCGUGUGCUUCGAGCCCUUAAAACAAUUACUGUGAUUCCUGGUUUGAAAACAAUUGUGGCUGCUUUGAUCCAGUCAGUGAAGAAAAUGGGGGACGUGAUGAUUCUGACAGUCUUCGCCCUUGCGGUUUUUGCACUCGUUGGUCUUCAGCUUUUUAUGGGAAACCUGCGACAGAAAUGUGUGCGAUGGCCCAUCCAAACAAAUGACACCAUGUUUGAAAUCUUUAACGGCACCUCUUCAUUCAAUAACACAGUGGACUUCAACAACACCAUUGGCUUAAAUGAUACAUAUACCAACAGCACCUUCAAUUUCACUGAAUAUAUUGAAAACUCAGAGAAUCACUACUUUCUGGAAGGCAGCCAAGAUGCUCUGAUUUGUGGAAACAGCUCCGAUGCUGGGAAGUGCCCCGAAGGAUACACAUGCAUGAAGGCUGGGAGGAACCCAAACUUUGGCUACACCAGCUUUGAUUCUUUUGGCUGGGCCUUCCUUGCCCUCUUCAGGCUCAUGACCCAGGACUACUGGGAGAACCUUUUCCAGCUGAUCAUGAGGGCAGCUGGUAGGACAUACAUGAUGUUCUUUGUAGUCGUUAUCUUUCUGGGCUCCUUCUACCUCAUCAAUCUUAUCCUGGCUGUGGUAGCCAUGGCUUAUGACGAACAGAAUCAGGCAACUCGGCAAGAGGCCAUCGAAAAAGAGGAGGAGUUCCAGCGACUACUAGAGCAAGUCAAGAAUCAAGAGCAGGCUAAGAUGCUUGGUAGCCAAGGCACUCUAACCAGCAAGAACUCGCUCAGCCAUCACACUGGGUCUGAUUUGGCAGAUGACGAACAGAGCCUUGACCGUGAUGAAAUUGUCAAAGAUUGCAAUGGGAGAAUUAUUCCACGUCUGAUGAUCAGAGCGCCUACCAUGAACGAGUCUGCCAUGGAUUAUGAAUGCAGAGAGAAGUCACUGGGCUCCGUUCACAGCAUGCUUCAACUGGAUGAACCAUGCAUGGCAGAGAGAACUGCUAGUGCUCUGACUGUGCUCACUGCAGCUGCCAUGGAAGAGUUGGAGGAGGCUCAGAGGCCAUGCCCACCUGGCUGGUACAAAUUUGCUGACCUUUUCCUGAAGUGGGACUGCUGUACCCCUUGGGUGGUCUUUAAAAAGCGGGUAUACUUUGUUGUGAUGGACCCUUUUGUUGACCUGGCUAUCACUAUCUGCAUUGUGCUCAACACCCUCUUCAUGGCCAUGGAGCACUACCCCAUGACCCCGGAGUUUGACUAUAUGCUGUCAGUGGGGAAUCUGGUUUUUACAGGUAUUUUCACAGCAGAAAUGGUCUUCAAGCUUAUUGCUAUGGAUCCCUACUACUACUUUCAAGUUGGCUGGAACAUAUUCGACAGCAUCAUUGUUACACUCAGUCUGGUGGAGUUGGGGCUGGCAAAUGUUCAGGGUCUGUCAGUCCUCAGAUCAUUCCGUCUGCUUCGAGUUUUCAAACUGGCAAAGUCCUGGCCCACUCUCAACAUGCUCAUCAAGAUCAUCGGUAACUCAGUAGGGGCUUUAGGAAACCUGACUUUGGUGCUGGCCAUCAUCGUCUUCAUUUUUGCCGUCGUGGGCAUGCAGCUCUUUGGCAAGAACUACAACGACUGCGUGUGCAAGAUCUCCUUGGACUGUGAAUUGCCGCGCUGGCACAUGAACGACUUCUUCCACUCAUUUCUUAUCGUGUUUCGCAUCCUGUGUGGGGAGUGGAUUGAGACUAUGUGGGACUGCAUGGAGGUUGCCGGAACUGGGAUGUGUUUAGUUGUCUUCAUGUUGGUCAUGGUCAUUGGAAACCUAGUGGUGCUGAACCUCUUUUUGGCCUUACUGCUCAGCUCGUUCAGUGGAGACAACCUUUCAGCAGGAGAAGAUGACGGAGAGAUGAACAAUCUCCAGAUUGCCAUCGGCAGGAUCACACGGUUCAUCGACUGGUUUAAAGCGUUCAUCAUUCAAACUAUCUUUCGGACUCUUGGCAGAAAGCCCAAGGAGCCUGACGAGGGCCCUGCUGAUGACGUCGACCCUAAAACGGAAGGAAUUGAAAUGAACCAUUUGGACACCAGUCAGACUUUCAAACUGGCAGAUGGGAUAUCAGAUUGCCUAGUUGAAGGCCGGCCUUCUGGAUUUAUUGUGGAUGGAGAGUUCAGUCUUAGUGUGCCAAUUGCCCAGGGAGAGUCAGACUUUGAAAAUCUGGGAGAGGACGAUGAGGAUGAUGAAGAUGAAACCAGUGAUUCCAAUGAUGAUAAUCGCUCUGAGAGUUUAGAUGAGGAACAUAGCCAGCAGAAUACCGAAAAUGUGAAAGAUCAAAUUAGUAUCCCAGGAAAUAUCAAACUGAUGGGUGCUCAGAAUGGUGAGGAUUCUUCAGUAUGCAGCACAGCGGCCUAUCGACCACCUGAGCCUGAACCGGAAAUAGAAGAGCCAGAGCCACUGGAGCCAGAGGCGUGCUUCACUGACAACUGUGUGAGGCGCUGGCCAUGUCUGAUGGUGGACAUCACCCAAGACAAAGGCAAAAAAUGGUGGAACCUCCGCAAGACCUGCUUCACUAUUGUGGAGCAUGAUUGGUUUGAAACCUUCAUAAUCUUUAUGAUCCUCCUCAGCAGUGGAGCUCUUGCUUUUGAAGAUAUAUACAUAGAAAAGCGCCGAACGAUUAAGAUAAUUCUGGAGUAUGCUGACAAGAUUUUCACCUACAUCUUUGUCAUCGAGAUGCUCCUUAAAUGGGUUGCAUAUGGCUUCAAGACCUAUUUCACCAAUGCCUGGUGUUGGCUAGACUUUUUCAUUGUAGAUAUUUCCCUGAUUAGUUUAGCUGCCAACUGGAUGGGCUACUCUGACCUUGGGCCAAUCAAAUCCCUCAGAACCCUCAGAGCACUAAGGCCUCUUCGCGCGCUAUCAAGAUUUGAAGGGAUGAGGGUGGUGGUAAACGCUCUCGUUGGAGCAAUUCCCUCCAUCUUCAACGUGCUACUGGUGUGUCUGAUUUUUUGGCUCAUCUUCAGCAUCAUGGGAGUUAAUUUGUUUGCUGGGAAGUUCUACCGCUGUAUCAACACCACAUCGGAGGAGCUUUUCCCCAUCACUGAAGUCAAUAACCGGAGCGACUGCAUGGCCAUCAAAGAAGCGACACAGGAGGCCCGCUGGGUCAACAUGAAAGUCAACUAUGACAAUGUAGGGCAAGGCUACCUGUCCCUACUUCAAGUGGCAACUUUUAAAGGUUGGAUGGACAUCAUGUAUGCUGCUGUCGACUCAAGAGAGGUGGAAGAGCAACCAUCCUACGAAAUCAACCUCUACAUGUACAUGUACUUUGUCAUAUUCAUUAUCUUUGGCUCUUUCUUCACACUUAACCUCUUCAUUGGGGUCAUUAUUGAUAACUUUAGUCAGCAAAAGAAAAAGUUUGGAGAUGAUGACAUCUUUAUGACUGAUGAACAGAAAAAGUACUAUGAAGCCAUGAAGAAACUUGGUUCCAAGAAGCCACAGAAGCCAAUUCCUCGUCCAACGAACCUAAUCCAGGGCAUAGUGUUUGACUUCAUCAGUCAACAAUUCUUUGACAUCUUCAUUAUGGUCCUCAUUUGCCUCAAUAUGGUGUCCAUGAUGGUGGAAACAGAUGACCAAAGUGCAGAGAAGGAGAAUUUCCUCUUUAAGUUAAACGUGGCUUUCAUUGUGGUCUUCACUGGAGAGUGUGUGUUGAAGGUCUUUGCCCUGCGGCAGUACUACUUCACCAAUGGAUGGAACAUUUUUGAUUUUGUCGUGGUCAUCUUGUCAAUAGCUGGUACAAUGCUCUCAGACCUAAUUGAGAAGUACUUUGUGUCACCAACUCUUUUCAGGGUGAUCAGACUGGCCAGGAUAGGCAGGAUUCUACGUCUUAUUAAAGGAGCUAAGGGCAUUCGGACGCUUCUAUUUGCCCUGAUGAUGUCCCUACCUGCUCUAUUCAAUAUUGGUCUCCUGCUCUUCCUCAAUAUGUUCAUCUUCUCUAUAUUUGGGAUGUCAAAUUUUGCCUAUGUCAAAAAGGAGGCUGGGCUUGAUGAUAUAUUUAAUUUUGAAACAUUUGGAGGAAGCAUUAUCUGCUUGUUCCAGAUUACAACAUCUGCAGGCUGGGAUGGACUUCUACUUCCAAUGCUGAACCGGGAGCCUCCAGACUGUGAUCCAGACUUUGAGCAUCCUGGCACGAAUGUAAAGGGCAACUGUGGAAGCCCUGGCAUGGGCAUGGUGUUCUUCUGCAGUUACAUCAUCAUCUCAUUCUUGGUGGUGGUCAACAUGUAUAUUGCGAUCAUCUUAGAGAACUUCAAUGUGGCUCAGGAGGAAAGCAGCGAUCCACUCAGUGAGGACGACUUUGAGAUGUUCAAUGAGACAUGGGAGAAAUUUGACAUUGAUGGAACUCAGUUUAUUGAGUAUAGCCAGCUCUCAGAUUUUUGUGAUACCUUGCAGGAGCCACUGAAGGUUGCCAAACCCAACCUGUUCCAGCUGAUUGAAAUGGAUCUCCCCUUGGUUGCUGGAGAUAAAAUCCACUACUUGGAUGUGUUGAUGGCUGUCACUCAGUUGAUCUUGGGAAACACAGUGGAGAUGGAAGCAAUACGGAAAAGCACUGAGGAAAAAUUUAAGGAUAGCAAAGACACCUUUGCACCAGUUGUCACAACGGUGCGCCACAAAGAAGAGCAGAGGGCCGCUGUGGUUAUUCAGAGGGCUUACCGCAGCCAUCUUCUGAGGCGCUGCUUAUGCCAUGCAGCUUUUAUGCAUCGAUCUAAGAAGAUGGGGAGAAAGAAAGAAGGUGACGAUCCACCAGAAAAAAAAGGGUUGAUUGCACGAAGGUUAGGGGUUCUCUAUGGGAGUAAUGCAGAGCUUGCUGAGGAAAUGGAGCAAGCAGCUUUAGAAACUUUGGCAAGACAACAGCCCUCUAAUCCUGAGGCACUGUCACAUUACAGAGAGGCACGGUGCUGUCCAGAAACCCCCGUGCAAAAUAUUGUUGUUGUUCCUGUAGAAGUCACUAAUGAGGUUUUAUUGCAUUCUGCCCCCAACCAACACCUCUUGACUCUACAAGCAAACGUGAGAGAGUCAGUUGUAUAGUAAACUGCACAAUAUAAUUAUUUGUCUCUUCCCUCUAUUCUUUUUUUUUAUUUUUAUUUUUUUAACAGUGAUGGAAACUGUUCUUGUUAUUGUAUAAGUGUCGCUGAUAUGCUUUUUAACUCUAGAUAAAGAAGAGUCUAACUGAUGUUUCGAAUGCAGUUUUUAUCCCUAAACUUAAGAAUCUAUUCCUCUUUUUUUUCUAUUCUACAUUUAAUUUUCUCGGGUAUUGAAAGUGAAACUGAAGUGUCUACUGCCAAGCAGGUUCAAAAUAACAGGGUUUUUGUGUGCAAAAGUGUGUGUUAACUGCCUUGACAAAACCUACAGGUUCAGUUUUAGGGAGUUCAGUUGGUGGUGGUGGUUACCAACUUUCUCUGUUAACCCCAGUUUUCUGUUUCAGGCUCAGGGAAAUUUGAUGCUUUCUUCUACACAAAAUAAACAAAUUGCCUUGCAUCAGUAGGGAGGAAAAGGAGGCAAAAUCAAACAAAAAUAAAAAAUGGGAUGAGAAGAACACACCAGAAAACUGCUAAUGUUGUAAAUCCACAUGUGAAUAUAUGUGUUUUACCAUUCUCGUCAGUUACACAUAGGUCUGAAACUUCAAACUAUAUUUCAUCAUGAUAUUGAUGAACGAUAAUGAUGGAAUAAACAUGAAAUUGUACAUAUAAAUUUCAUGCAUCAUCAAAUUUUUUUUUUUUUU